AUGGCCCAGAAAGCUGCGAAAUCCCUGGCGACCCGCAAUAGCGCUGUCCUCAGUCGUACUCACCUCAUCUCCGCCGCAUUGCACCUGCUCUUCCUCGUGCUGCAUUUCACCUUCCAGCGGCCUCGAUCCCUUAAGCCCUACUUCUUCUUGGGGGUUCCAACUCUUGCCAUUGAAUACUACCUCGACCGCAUGGGCCGACCCCGGUAUAACGACGAUGGCUCUCUCCGCUCUGCGGGUGAAGAUCUCAAUGCAACUGGGCUAACGGAGUACAUGUGGGAUGUCCUUUACUGGACACAAGGAUGCAUCGUCGCUGUUUGUCUCUUCAAUGAUCGCGCUUGGUGGCUAUGGACUGUGAUUCCAUUGUACUCUGUCUAUGCCGCCUAUACUACCGUCAUGGGCGUGAAGAAGGGAUUCGCCGGAAUGGGUGGCGGUGCAGGCGAAGAGGUCGAUGCCCCGAAGAGCAAGACACAGAUGAAGAAAGAAAAGAGAGGCUCGUCUAUGAAGUACAGGUGA